AUGAGCGUGAAAGCUCGAAAUUCGAAGCAGGCAAUCGAUAAGAAGGAAGUCUGUCAUGCGGGCAACAUCGUCCCCAGCACGGACAAGCAGGCCCACCCUGGGCAGCUUCUCGCGGACAUGAGCCGCUUCCAGGCUGAGCACGGACUCGAGUCACUCGACCCAACUGGCAUCAUCCCCGGCGUGAACGACACCGUCGGCGCGCUCCUCGCGGCCAUCAAGGCGUCGCACUCUAAGAACACGUUCGUUUCGGGUGUCAUAGAGCUCACGGAGCGCCACAGGAUGUUCAUUGGCGGUGGCGACCUCAAGGCGGGCCGACAAAGCAUAAGUCCGUCUUCGCCCAGUUCCUCGUCAACACGGGCAUCAAGCCGCUCUCGAUUGCACCCUACAACCCGUCCGCAGAGCCGCAAGAGCAAGGAUAUCAGCAAGUGCAGCGUCAUCGUCGACAUGGUCGACACGCACCACCUUUUCAGGCACCCCGAGCCGGGCGCGAUGGAGUAUCAGACUGACUGCGCCUUCGAGAUGAGCCGCUAA